AUGGGGACAAUUGCUAAUACCAAGCAAUUUUCAAACACAUUUAAGCAGCAGAGACAAGAGGAAAAGAAGGCAUCUGAAGCUAGUGGAAGUACACAAUCUUGGAAUACUCUGUUUAUGCGGCCAGACACUGUUGUUGAAAAUAUUGCAAGAAAAUUUGGUGUGAGUAAAAGUGAUAUUCUUGAUAGAGAAGCUGAUGAUCUUGCUGUACGUAUAGCAUUGGGUGAGACUCAAGUGAUAGCGGAGACAAAAACGUCUCUUGCAAAAGCUGGAGUUAAUAUCGUUUCACUGGAAGAAUACGCUGCUGGAAAAACCGAUGGUGUGAAACGAAGCAAUCACAUUAUUCUAGUUAAGAACUUGCCUUAUGGUUCAUCAGAAGGUGAACUUGCAAAUAUGUUUGGGAAGUUCGGGAGCCUGGAUAAGAUUAUUCUUCCUCCUACCAAAACCUCAGCUUUGGUUGUCUUCCUAAAACCGGCAGAAGCACGUGCAGCUUUCCGGGGUCUAGCAUACAAACGUUACAAGGACACUCCCCUUUAUUUGGAGUGGGCUCCUGGAAAUAUUCUUGAUCAAACAAGUGAUUCAAAAAAUGCUCUUGUUGUUGGUGAAGAUGAUGCAAAGAGAGUGCUGCUAGAACAAGUGGGAGGAAUAACGGAUCCAGAUGUUGAUCCUGAUAGAGUUGAGUCACGAUCACUGUAUGUCAAGAACCUAAAUUUCAAGACGUUGGAUGAGAGCUUAAAAAAGCAUUGCACUGAUCACAUAAAGGAUGGGCGAAUAUUAAGUGUGAGGGUGAAGAAGCAUGUAAAGAAUGGAAAAAAUGUCUCUAUGGGUUUUGGAUUCGUUGAGUUUGAUUCUGUUGAUACAGCAGUCAACGUUUGCAAGGAUUUGCAGGGAACUGUUUUGGAUGGCCAUGCACUUAUAUUGCAACUUUGUCACACUAAGAAGGACCAAUUACCAAAUAGAGCUGAGAAUGACGAGAGUUCAACUAAGUUGCUUGUUAGGAAUGUUGCUUUUGAGGCAACUGAAAAGGAUCUCAGGCAACUAUUCAGUCCGUUUGGGCAGAUUAAGAGUUUAAGGUUGCCAAUGAGGUUUGGGAACCAUAGAGGAUUUGCAUUUGUAGAGUUUGUCACGAAGCAAGAGGCAAAGAACGCCAUUGAAGCUCUAUCCAAUUCUCACUUGUAUGGACGCCAUUUGGUUCUGGAGAGAGCCAAGGAAGGUGAGACCUUAGAGGAAUUACGUGCUCGCACAGCUGCUCAGUUUAGUACUGAGCAAAAUGGGUUUCAAACUACUAAAUUAUAAAAGAAGAGAAAGCAAAUGGCUAUAAUGGAUGAGGGGAGUUUUAAAUUCUAGAGAAUUGCUGAUUAAUACUUCACAACUCUGUCAUAUGUAACAUGAGGACGAGAGUUUCCUCUCUUUUAUCCCCAAUCAGUUGUCCUGUAUAGGUUAAAGCUACUAACUCUGCAGUCUUUGUAGCAAAUAGCACUAAGAUCAGAGCUUGUUUAAUUAUUUUCACAGAGAAUGUGGUGGGACUUGAUAGUUCUCUUUGUAUACUAAAUUAACCAUCUUUUGUUUGGGAUAACAUCUACCCAGAACUUGAGUUUUGCAGUUUUGUUUAUUAAUGUAAUGUUUUCACAUCCUCUUCA